AUGCGUGUUGGCGACAGGUGAGUGGAGGAGAUCAUGAACUGAACACCAGGACGACACGUGUGUGGACGACAUGCAGGCUACUUGAUGUUACCGGGAGGCCCAUUUUGGAGCUAAAGGAGCGCUACACGCCACUGAGGCCGGCCGGGUACGGGGAUCCGACGAGGCAGAGCCACACCUACAUCGCGGCUGAGAGGGCGAGUGGAAGAGAGGUGUUCGUCAAGGAUGUGCCUACCGACCGCAGUGGACGGAACAGGGAAAAGGGCAUUCUGUAUUACUUGAGGGAUGUCGUCGGAGGCAAAUACCCACAGCUGCAGACCAUGAGGGAGGUGAGCAAUCCGUGAGCAUGACGUACUUGCUGCGUAUGGUGUGUUUGUUGGUGUGCAGCAUUACUCGGGCAAUGACAGGGACGCCUACGUAUUUGACAAGUGCCCGGGCGGUGAUCUAGAAGGGCUCUGUGUGUCAGGCGCCUGGAACUGCGAGAAAACAAUCAGAGAUCUCUUCAAGGGGAUGGUCACAGCAGUCAAACAAUGCCACGAGGCAGGCAUUUAUCACGGGUCAGCAGAAAUUCAUCACACCCACUCCCGAUCAUUGCACUGCUCUGUGUCGUGUACUCUCUAUACAGGGACAUCAAGCCUGACAAGUGA